UUUAUCAUGGCGGUCGCAACUCUCGGCGCGAACAGCUGAUUCGGCGAGCGUUUUCCCGCGUGUUGUAACAGACAACAUAACACAAGGUUCGCUCGACAGAUCGGGAUCUCGAACGUCGAGAAAUCUGUUUAUCUCUCUUCCCUCUCCCUACAUAAAUAAUAUAUAUAUAUAUAUAUAUCUUUCUCUCUUCGCGCACGCGACUGCCUUGUUUUUGUUGAUACGAGCGGAAGAUGUGUAUUGACGUGUCCUAAUGACGUAAUUGGCGAGACUGUUCCCUCGCGGAUGUCCACGUAUGUGCGAUCAAUCUGCCUUCGCUUGUGUCACUCGCGUGCCUGUCUUGGGGUGCGAUGAGCACGCUUAAGGUCACUGGCACUCGGCGCUCGGUGACGUGAGAAGUCGCGAGGUUGCGAAGGAGAAGAGAGAAAAAAGAAUCCGUGAUGAAGCCCAGCCAACGGGGGACCGUCGUCUCCCUGGCGGUGCUGCUCCUGCUGACGCUGUCAGUCGCCCGGUCGGAGCCGGAGCACGGCGCGUCGAAGAAGCGCGGCGACAUCUCGCGAAAGUCCUCGUCGUCCUCGAGCACCAACGAGGAGACGGACGACGAGGUCGCCGCCGAGGAUAUGGAGAAUGCCUUCGAGCAGCUGCGGGAGCUGAGCGCCCUGAGGGACACCAUCCUGAAACUGGUGCCGGCUUCCGAUCCGAUUUACGAAAAGAUCGGCAAACAGGGGAAGGAGGAGGGUAAGAGCGAGAGCCCACCUGGCAAGGAGACCCUGGAGAGCCCAGGGACCAGGAGCGUGUGGAUGAAGACCAUGAUUGCGGAGACCAAGGACACGGAGCCUGUGGUUCUCAAUGGGAGGCAGCUGGAUGACGAGGAUAUGGAGUCUUGGGAGAACCAGGAACUGUUCGACAUGCUUGAGGAGGAGAUCCAGGAACCCUUGUCCGCGGAGCAACAAGCAGCGGAGCAGUUGUUCAAGAAUGCACAGAAUAUCUUAAAUGCUAUGCGUGCCAACAAGUCUGAGGGUUACGAGUUGCUUAUCGAAGCUGCAAAGAUGGGGCAUAAAGAAGCCAGAGCCAUAUUAGCGUGGGCAAGGCUACUUGGAUCUCGUCUGGGUCCUGCGUCUCUGCGAGUGUCCAUUGAUGACAUACCUAGUAUAUUUGAAAUAUUCAAGGAGCUGGCAGACACUGGAUUGCCCUCUGCUCAUAUGGGAAUGGGAUUUUUAUACGCAACUGGCAUCGGUGGCGUGAAUGCGUCUCAAGGAAAGGCUUUACUUCAUUAUACUUUCGCUGCUCUUGGAGGAGAUACUCGGGCUCAGAUGGUUAUGGGAUAUCGUCAUUGGGCGGGAGUGACAACACCCGCGUCCUGCGAGCGUGCUCUGGACUUUUAUCGCAAGGUAGCGAAGAAAGUCGCGGAAGAAGUGUCAUUGAGUGGUGGUCCGGUGGUCCAACGUGUUCGAUUGUUGGACGAACACGAAAAUCCGGGAUACAGUUCCGGAAUCUUUGAUCAGGAUUUAAUAGAAUAUUAUCAGUUGUUAGCCAAGAAGGGUGACACUCAGGCGCAGGUCGGAUUAGGUCAGCUUCAUUAUCAAGGAGGUAGAGGAGUUCCUUUAGAUCACGAAAGAGCAGUACAAUAUUUCCAACAUGCUGCCGAUGCUGGUAAUCCAGUCGCAAUGGCUUUUCUUGGAAAGAUUUAUUUGGAAGGAAGUGAAAUUGUCAAGCAAGACAAUGAAACAGCAUAUAAAUAUUUCAAGAAAGCUGCAGAAUUAGGCAAUCCAGUAGGUCAAAGUGGAUUGGGUCUGAUGUACUUAUACGGAAUGGGAGUGGAGAGAAAUACUGCUAAAGCAUUGCAAUAUUUCAGUCAAGCUGCGGAGCAAGGCUGGGUUGAUGGACAGCUGCAGUUGGGCAAUAUGUAUUUUAGUGGUACAGGCGUCAGACGAGAUUAUAAAAUGGCAAAUAAAUAUUUCAACUUAGCUAGUCAAUCUGGUCAUGUGCUAGCGUAUUAUAAUCUGGCUCAGAUGCACGCCACCGGUACUGGAAUGAUGAGGAGUUGCCCGACAGCUGUGGAAUUAAUGAAAAAUGUUGCCGAAAGAGGAAAAUGGAGCGAUCAAUUGAUGGUGGCGCAUAACGAUUACAGAGACGGCAGAGUGAACGAGGCGUUCCUGAAUUAUGCUCUAUUUUCUGAAAUGGGCUACGAAGUCGCGCAGAGUAACGCAGCCUUUAUUUUGGAUAGAGGAGAGACCGAUGUUUUGACGGAAGAGGAAGGUUUAGUUAGAGCUUUGGCGUUAUGGGCGCGAGCCGCCGCGCAAGGAUACUCUGCGGCACAGGUGAAACUCGGCGAUGCACAUUACUAUGGCAGAGGAACGAAAGUCGAUUACGAAGCCGCCGCAGGUCACUACCGUUCGGCGUCCGAACAACAGCACAACGCUCAAGCCAUGUUCAAUUUAGGAUAUAUGCACGAACGUGGUCUAGGCUUGGCGAAGGAUCGCCACUUAGCUAAGAGAUGUUACGAUUUAGCCGCGGAUGCUAGUCCUGAUGCGCGAAUACCUGUAGCGCUAGCCCUAAUCAAACUUUCCUUCCUAUUCGGCCUCGAUUACAUGCAGGAAUUCAGUUUGGUCGAUCAAUUAGAUAAGUGGGAUCAAUUGCUCGGACAGAACUGGGAUCUAUAUCUUAUCGGAUUUCUUACAGGAAUGCUCAGUCUUAUUAUAUACUUCCGCAGACCACAGCCACCUCCCCCACCGAGACCUCCUGUUAACUAAAUUUUGUACUUUCAUUCAUUAUAUCUCGUAUACAUAUUAAAAAGAAUAUAUAUAUAUAAA